GUUUCAGAUUUUGCACAUUCUUAUGACCUGAGGUACACUGUUAGGUUACAGGCCGUCUAUGUGAGAAUGCAGAAGCACUCUGGCUAGGCUGUUUAUGGUCACCUUCACAUUUCUUGGCCUUGGAAGUCAAACCAGAGUAGUUAUAUAUCGGCUAAAUAAUAUUGGACUCGUGAGAUCAGUUUGCAAGAGGGAUCUCGGAGAUCACAUACUGUGCCGCAAAUGUGGAACGGAGUUGACAGAAAACUCGCUGGACAACUUUGUUAAUAUCACUAGUCCAUUAUCGGAAUCCACUCAUCAGUUGUCAGUCCUUGGCCACUCUCAUUUGAUGGUGCAGAUGCUUAGAAACCCGGCUGAUGUAACAUUCAAUUUGGUGACUGUGAAAAGAUCUGGUUGUUCUGGCAUUGGAGAGUGGUACAGUGAUCAUACCUGGUUUCCUGGCUACUUGUGGAAGGUGUGCAUCUGCCCCCGCUGCCAGGCACACCUAGGCUGUAAUAAGUUAGUAGCAAGUUGGUCGAGAAUCAUCACAAAUAUUAAGAAAAUGGCAGCUGAAGUUAGUGAGAAUGGUUCUGCAAAUGGUAUGGUAGAACUGGAUGAAAAAUACCUCGCUCAGCUUGAAGAAGAGUUUGUAGAUCGCUAUACAGAAGAUGAUAAAGGCUUCAUGGAGUACUACAGUAAACCAAUGCCAGAUCCACCAAUUCUGCCAGCAGAGAGGAGUGAACGCAGCAAGUAUCGUGCAAGUUUACGAGGCAGAAACAGAGGCGGUGGCUACCAGGGUGACAGACGAGGAGGCUACCAGGGUGACAGACGUGGAGGCUAUGGUUAUGACAACAGAUCAAACUAUAGGGGUAAUACCAGGGAGUAUGGUGGGUAUGGAGAUAAGAGGGACUAUGGAGGUUUUAAGCGAGAUUAUGAUGGUUCUAGGAAGGACACUAGCAAUGAUAUGAGGGGUUAUGAGGGUGAUAGGAGGGGACUCUUGUCAACACCAGGUGGUGAUAGAAGGGGACUUCUAUCACCACCAGGUGGUGAUAGAAGGGGACUUCUGUCGUCUCCAGAAGGUGUUGACAGACGUGGACUCUUGGCAGCACCAGUUGGUGGCGGCGAUAAACGGGGACUUCUCUCACCACCAGAUGGUGGUGGUGGUGAUAGGAGAGGACUUUUAGCCCCACCAGAUGGUGGUGGUGAUAGAAGAGGGCUUCUCUCACCAAUGGACAGUGGUAGAAGGGGACUUUUAGCACCACCAGAUGGUGGUGAUAGAAGAAGUCUUCUAACUCCACAGGAUGGUGGCAGUGAUAGAAGAGGACUUUUAGCACCUCCAGACAGUGACAGACGUGGACUCUUAGCACCACCAGAUGGUGGUAAUGAUAGAAGAGGACUCUUAGCGCCACCAGAUGGUGGCAAUGAUAGAAGAGGACUUUUGGCACCACCGGACGGUGGCAAUGAUAGAAGAGGACUUUUGGCACCACCAGAUGGUGGCAAUGAUAGAAGAGGACUUUUGGCACCUCCAGAUGGUGGCAAUGAUAGAAGAGGACUUUUGGCACCACCAGACGGUGGCAAUGAUAGAAGAGGACUUUUGGCACCACCAGAUGGUGGCAAUGAUAGAAGAGGACUUUUAGCACCACCAGAUGGUGGUAGUGAUAGGAGAGGACUUUUGGCACCACCAGAUGGUGGCAAUGAUAGAAGAGGACUUUUAGCACCACCAGAUGGUGGUAGUGAUAGGAGAGGACUUUUGGCACCACCAGAUGGUGGUAGUAGAAAGGGACUUCUGCCAGCACCACAAGGUGGUGACAGGAGUGGCUUCAGUGGAGACAAUAGUGGUUUAGGUGGAGAUAGAGGCAGUUUUGGUGGGGAUAGAAGCGGUUUUGGUGGAGAUAGAAGCAGUUUUGGUGGGGAUAGAAGUGGUUUUGGUGGAGAUAGAAGUGGUUUUGGUGGAGAUAGAAGUGGUUUUGGUGGAGAUAGAAGCAGCUUAGGUGGAGAUAGAGGUGGUUUUGGUGGAGAUAGAGGUGGUUUUGGUGGGAACAGAGGUGGAUUAGGUGGAAAUAGAGGUGGAUUUGGAGGAGAUGGAGGCAAUUUUGUUGGAGACAGAGGUGGUUUUGGUAGAGAUGGUGGUUUUGGCGGAGAUAAAAGUGGUUUAGGUGGCGAUAGAGGCAGUUUUGGUGGAGACAGACGUGGUUUGGGUGGGGAUGGUAGUUAUGGUGGAGAUAGAAACAGUUUUGGAGGAGAAAAAAGUGGGUAUGGGGGAGACAGGAGUGGUUUAGGUGGUGACAGGAGUGGUUUAGGUAGUGACAGGAGUGGUUUAGGUGGAGACAGAAGUGGAUUUGGGGGAGAUAGGAGUGGAUUUGGGGGAGACCGGAGUGGAUUUGGUGGAGACAGGAGUGGAUUUGCUGGAGACAGGAGUGGAUUUGCUGGAGACAGGAGUGGUUUAGGUGGAGACAGAAGUGGAUUUGGAGGAGACAGGAGUGGUUUAGGUGGAGACAGGAGUGGUUUAGGUGGAGACAGGAGUGGUUUAGGUGGAGACCGGAGUGGUUUAGGUGGAGACCGGAGUGGUUUAGGUGGAGACAGGAGUGGUUUAGGUGGAGACCGGAGUGGUUUAGGUGGAGACAGGAGUGGUUUAGGUGGAGACAGGAGUGGUUUAGGUGGAGACAGGAGUGGUUUAGGUGGAGACAGAAGUGGAUUUGGAGGAGACAGGAGUGGUUUAGGAGGAGACAGGAGUGGUUUAGGUGGAGACAGAAGUGGAUUUGGGGGAGACAGGAGUGGAUUUGGUGGAGACCGGAGUGGAUUUGGAGACCGGAGUGGUUUUGGAGGAGACAAAGGGGGUUUUAGUGGAGAUAAAGGUUUUGGUGGUGAUAAAGUUGGUUUAGGUGGAGAUAGAAGCAAUUUUGCCGGAGAUAGAGGUGGUUUUGGUGGAGACAGGAGUGGUUUUGGUGGAGACAGGAGUGGUUUUGGUGGAGAUAGAAGUGGUUUUGGAGAUAGAAGUGGUUUUGAUGGUGAUAGAAGUAGUUUUGGUGGAGACAAAAGUGGUUUUGGUGGUGACAGAAGCAGUUUUGGUAGUGGUGACAGAAGCAGUCUAGGUGGUGAUAGGAGUGGUUACAUGGGUGAUAGCAAUAGGGGUUCAACCCAUAAUCAGUCAAGUACCUCCUAUUAUGGGAAUAGUAGUGGAAGGGACAGUGUGUUUUAGUUAACACUUACUAGGUAGUAAUAGUGAUUGUGCCUCAUGCAUUAAGGAAGGCUUUGAAGCCGACCAGGCAGGUAAUUUUUUAACCUAUGGAAGUUUCUGCCAACAUGACUACCACACCCAUACUUAGCAAGUUGUAGGGUCCAAGAUCAGUUAUUGAUCUGGUAAGAUCACACAAAUACAACUAACCCUGGAAAUUCAUUCGCACUGGAAUACAAUCUUAUCAAUUAGUUUACAUCUAGUACUCCAGUUACUGAAUCAAGGUAUGAAGAAACUGUCAAAAGGGUUCUGCCUUGCCCAGUAAUCAAACCUGGGGUUUCAGUUGCAAAGCAGGGAACAGAUUCACGAAGCAGUUACGCAAGUACUUACGAACGUGUAUAUCUUUCCUCAAUCUGUGAUGGCUUUGGUUACAUUUAUUAAACAGUUUACAAGCAUGAAAACUCCCCAAUCAACUGCUGUUAUU